AAUCGUAGAACAAAACCAGUUAAUCGAGUAAAACAUAAUAAAUCCAUUAUCCAAGAUUCAAUUGGAAAAGAAGAAGAAUAUGAUAUCGCCAUUAAAAUAGCACACAAUCCAUAUCGUAAUAAAACUCGUCAGUCUUUAAUUUAUGAUUAUAAAUACAAAAAGGAUCCUGAAUUAUGGCUAGAGAAAGUAAUUAAUAAACUUGAUUCAAAGUUCGCAUCAGAAAUGACAAGAUUCCUGAGAAUGUCUUCACGCCGUACAAGAAAUUAUAAAGGUAAAGGCUUAUCAGGAUAUUUCAAAUCCUUAUUCAGUAAAUAUAGAGUAUUUAUUCCACUCGCAACAAGUAUAGGUUUAUUUAUUCUUGCAAUAUAUAUUGUAUCAUCUAUUUCGAGUGGUCCAUUCAUAUUGAUACUAUUAACAGCGCUUCUUAUAAAAUUUACUGCAGGGAUGAGCCUAUACUACAUUUUAAGAACAAUACACCUCAAAUAUUAUAGUUAA